AUGUUAGAAAAUCCGGAAAUAAUCGGUGAAAGAGGAGAAGAGGAGGCAAAUCCUUUAGGGUUAUAUGAAGGUGAACGAAAUGAAAAAGGGGACAGACACGGCCGUGGCAAAGCUUUGCUUCCAAAUGGCGAUAUGUACGUCGGUCAAUAUUGCAAAGGAUUGAGACACGCUCGAGGCUUGUAUGUGUUUAAAAACGGCGCUCGAUACGAUGGCGAGUGGCGGCAAGGUGUAAAAUACGGCCAAGGAACAUUUUGGUAUCCUGAUGGAACGCGAUACGAGGGCGAAUGGAAACGCGACACGAAAUAUGGUUUUGGCGUGUAUUACUACAUAAAUGGGGACGUUUAUGAGGGAUCUUGGAAGAAAAAUCUUCGACACGGUAUGGGAUCUUAUCUUUACGCCAGUACGAAUACAAAAUUUAUGGGUACGUGGAUUAAGGAUCGCAUGCAAGGACCCGGGCAGUUAAUUCAUCCCCGACAUCGAUUCCACGGAUUUUGGGAACUCAAUUUGCCUUAUGGUCGAGGAUGCUUUACUUUCGAAAAUGCUUGCAUGCAACAUGGACAUUAUGUGCACGUGAAAGAUCCUGAUUACGAUGAGACAAAAGAAAUUAUCGAGGAAGUAGCAGAACCACCAUCACCAGAACCUACUGCGGUAGAAACUGAAGCAGAAACGGAUGUUACAGGGACCGAGAUUACAAAACCGGAAGUUAAACCUGCACCUUUUGAACCACCUCGUUUGAAGAAAGGUAUUAUUGCGUUGUGGCGUGCACGUUGUAUCACACCGUACAAUCCUGAUUUAUUACCACCUGAACCAGUGCCUUUGCAAGAGGAGAUAUCUGUAGAUUCACUAAUAGAUAAGUGUUCAGAGGAUUUAUCAAUAGUACCAGAACAAUUCUUGAAAUAUGAAGACGAAUAUGAAGGUGAAGGGGAAAUCUAUUAUGAAGAAGAUUAUCCUACACCAUCUCCUAAAAUAGCUUAAUUAGAAGAAUCAAAUAUGAACAUAAUUUCUUUUCCUAAUGCAUCAAUGCGAAGAAUUAAAUAUUUAUAUGAUUCGAUUUCAAUGUUUAAAAAGUGUUUAAAUAGUUUAUAUAAUUCAAUAUCAAUUCGUUAUCUUUCAAUAAGGAGAAAAAAUUGUAAUAAAUCCUAAAAAUGUAAAAAUUCGCGAAAAUAAAAUUUACCUUAUUUUAUAUACAAUAUAAUCAUAUUAAAUAAUAUCACUCUAACAUUUAUAUAUUGUAACAAGAAAAAUGUUACAAAGAUUCAUUCAAAUAUUCCUCACAAUUAAAAUAAAAAUAUAUAAAAAAAUAAUUAUGAUAAAAUAUAAAA